CGUUAUUGUAUGCCGGAACUUUAUCGUCUGCAAGUUAUUUUCAUUACUGGGCCGAUAAAGCGGCAAUCAAGUUAAGAACGAAUGCAUGUUUAAAUAUAGUGCGAUAAGUUAAGUUUUGUAUAGCGAUAAGCUUUUAUUUAUACAAAGUUCACACGAAAACACUGGUGUCCGGAGGCUAAUACAAACAACAAAAUUCAACACAAUAACAACAAUAAUAUUCCACAAUACAGUUUGGUAGCCGAUCGUCGUUUUAUUGCGCGCGCGUCUUUUUGUUUCCACCACUGCAAUCAACAACUUACCAUUGGACUAAGCCGCGGCCGACUCGCGGGGCCGACAACAGUCUCACGCUGCUUGUUGUGGGUGUACGGCUGCAGUUGUCGAUUUUGUCGAAAUCACGUGUACAAUAUUUACGCACCUGUCAACAUGACAUGGGUCCGCAUUCAUAUUAACAUUUGCAAAAAGUAACCGCUCUCGUUCAUUUUUUUUUUUGCUGUUCACAUUUCAACGACUGUCUCGUUUCUUCCUUCUUGUUUGUGCGUCACAGUGUUGUCCAGUUGUGCAUUUUUUUUUGUGUUUGUUUUGUCAUGUAAAAAAGAAAACUUGUGUCGUUUAGCUUUGGUAGAGAGGUGUUGUCCAAUAAAUAAAACUGGAGCCGAACUAUGUCCCGGCGGAAGCAAAGUAAUCCAAAGCCUUUAAAAAGUGAUACGCUGGACAAACUUCCCCAUCCACUUGAAUAUGAAAAGGAAUCAGAGGUAUUACGGAAAGGUGAAGAAGUGGAGUGGGGUAGCAGAGAGGCCAAUGCCAUGGCGACGGACGAAGUGGUCGUCGCGUCACCGGCAGACACUGCACCUACGGAUCCGGCACCCGAAGCCGCCGAAUCUGCGGAAACUGCGCAAAAAUCACCCUCACAAAUCGAGACUAAUUCUAAUAUUAAAAAUACAAACUCGGAACCGGACAAACUGACACCACGUCUGAGGCUUAAGGUCGGUUUGGCCACCGAUCCAGCACUAAAAACGCAUCCGACGGUUGUCACAACAUCCUCGGGUGUAAAAUACGAAUCUAACGCGUCUCCUCCAAAUACAAGCGAAUAUUUGGCGUCUUUACCGCAAGCUCUUCAAACCGUUCUGACAAACACUCGAUUUAUCAUACCGCCGACCAUGACCGCGUUACCCGAACCUUCUGUUCCAACCGAACCCGUGGACGUGCCAAGGCAACCCCCCAUUCCCGUCUUCUUAUGCAGUCCAUGCGGAAUUCGUUUCUCUUCGCUGAGCACGCUGGAAGCUCAUCAGACCUACUACUGUUCUCAUCGCGCUAACAAAACCUCAAACGACACAGAUGACAAUAAAACGAAUGCUGUGACGGAAACUUGUGAUAAUCAAUCCGACCAGGAUGCUGGCGAAAAUCCCCCUAAAGGCGCACGAACAGGAAAACAGUACACUUGCACGCACUGUUCGUACAGCGCGGACAAGAAAGUCAGCCUGAAUCGUCACAUGCGAAUGCAUACGGUAUCUCCGAGUCCUUCCGUCGCAAGCGUCGGAACUACAAAUGGAGACAAUAAUCCUGACAAUAGUCAGGAUCGGUACUGUGCCGACUGUGAUAUAAGGUUCAGUUCUCAGAAAACAUUCCGAGCUCACAAAAUGCACUAUUGCAGUUCGAGACACACGAACAAAUCUGCCGGUGUGGUUCCGGGAGUUUCUGUGGCACAAUCGACCAGUUCGAAAGCCGCGUCUAGUAUCGCUUCCAAUUCGAAUCCCACAUCUCCCGCUGACGCUAACACGUGCAGGACUCCGCCGUCUCCUUCUUGUAAUAGUGCAUCUUCGCAACAAUCGUUCUUAGCGUUGCCAACGAAUCCAAUCCUUAUCGUGCCAUAUUCGAUUAUUCGAGGUGCUUACAUCUUCCCCGGCAUCAUGCCAUCGGCCGGUCUACCAAAUCCAGACACGCCCUGCUUCCUGCUGCCCAACGGUACCUUACAGCCCAUGGCUCAAGCGGUUACGGUGCCGCCCGUGGCGGAACAACAGGAUAACCAAAAAUCUCAAAACAAACUGCGCGAACAACCGCCCAAUAGCACCAAAGACGGUGGUGCAUCAGCUGCCGUUGCGCCUCUUGAUCUUAGCGUCAAACGGAAUCCCAAAUCGAAAGAUCUUGCUGUGGACUUACGAGACGAACGCGUGAAAGAGUCGUCGUUGAAAAAAUCUCCGACGCCUGAUAAAAACGCGUACGUACCUGCCGCACAUCAUUCGCCAUCGUCUAAUUCGAAAAGCGAAACUUCGCCUAGUGUCUCGCCCAAACGCAAACAAGAACAUGACUCGUCGAGGAGCAACAGUCCUCGAAUGAGAUCGACGCCAAAGUCGAACUUGGAAAUGAUUGACAAAAGCCAACCCAGUACCGACAAUAAAAAUGUUAAAAUGCCUUACGGGAUACCGCCUCUACAUCCGCUUCUUCUUCGGCCGGGAGGAUUGCCACUCCUUGCUCCUGAUAUACAGCUGAGGUUGGCUGCCGGCGAAUUGCCAGACAUUUCCGUAACUGCACCUCAAGUCCUCGUCAAACAAGGAGUCUCCAAGUGCAAGGAAUGUAACAUAGUUUUUUGUAAACACGAAAAUUAUCUCAUACACAAGAAGCACUACUGUUCGGUGCGAAUCCAAGAGGAAGACACGAAAACGUCGGUCAGUCCUCCGGCAAGUCCGAGAAGUACGGGCACCAAUAGUCCCGCGGGACAAUACCAGCAGCUCAUUUGUCUUGCUUGUGGUAUAAAGUUCACAUCUCUGGAUAAUCUGAAUGCUCAUCAGGCGUACUAUUGUUUGAAACGGGGCGAAUUAGAAAUUAGACGUUGCAGCAAGUGCAGAGCCGUUGCGGAACCGGGUCAUCAGUGUCCCGUUACGCCGGGACCUUUGACCGGAUGGAAAUGUCCUUGUUGUGACGUAAUAAGUCCCACUUCUAACGCCGCUCAAAGGCAUAUGGACACCCAUAACGGCGUCAAAGCGUACCGUUGUACUAUUUGCAGGUACAAAGGGAAUACUCUACGGGGUAUGAGAACCCAUAUAAGGAUGCACUUCGAUAAGCGAUCGCCAGAUUUACAGGAAGAAAAAUACAUCAAUUACAUCCUGGAAGAUGACGGUACGAAAAUAGUGGAAGCCAAUAUGGCUCCAACAUUAGGCACUUCCGGAAUAGAGGAAAGAACUGUUUCUCCCGGUAUCGAAAGCAAAAUAGAUAUUGUACAUUACUGUAGCCAUUGCUCGUUCAGUUCAUCUAAUAAGACAAGUUUAAUACGUCAUAUACAAGUAACGCAUAGUCCAGCAAGUGCAGAAUCGUUAACGAACGGCUCGUCCGAGAAAAACUCCAGAUCGAUGCCUGCGCUCGAAGAAGACGAGGAGAUACUAGUCAAAAAGGAAGCGAUAGAACCGGAAGUAAUUAUCGCUCCGAUGGACGAAACUAUAAAAUCGGAAUUUUCAGACACAUCACCAGAGAAUACGAAUACAAAAUCCGAAACGGAAGCAGAGAUUCUGAAAGAGGCUGUUAAAGCUGGACCUAAAUAUUGCAAGUCGUGUGAUAUUUCCUUCAACUAUUAUUCAACGUACAUAGCACAUAAACAGUUUUACUGCUCUAGCCACGCUGGCGAAUUAUCUGCAGGAAAUUCUAAUAACAACAAUCAAACUUCUCACACUACAACAGAAGCUAGCGUGUUAUAAAGUAGCGAUAAUAAUUGAUUAAUUAAUUAAUUGAAGUUUCUUGUUUGUGAAUCGUCUGUAGUUUCUUGUAAUUAAUUUGGAUGAUGGAAUAUCUCGAGCGGUUGUAUACACUAUUAUCGAUUGAUGUACUAUUAGCAGGUGUGUUAAACAAAAGGAAUUAAGGUGCUACAGUAUAUAAAUGUAUAUAAAUACACACAAAACGAACACUUUUAUUUAGUGAGUGACCGUGAGGUUUUUUGUUAUUUGUAUAGAAUGUUUUUGUUACUCUUUUGUACAUUUAUUUGUAAAAUUAUAAUAAUUUUAUUG